AAUCAACUCGCUGGCGAUCCGCGGCCUGCUUAUAAUAACUGUUUAUCGCCAUCCGCAAUUCAUUCAUUCACUUGUUUUCUUCUGCAACUUUCGACAAUCAAAUAUCUAGUCGGCCGAGACUGUGAGAAACGACAAAUUGUUCGCUGCGCGUUUUUUUUUUCUCUUCUGUGGACGGUGAUUUUUGGGCAUUUGGUUUGUGUGAUUAGCGCAAUUGAACUUGGACUAAUAAAUUAUGGCUGAUGUCAAAGGUACCUCGAGCUUGAGCGACAGUAUCCUAGGCCUGAACGAGAUCACAGAAAACAAAUCGCUAUGGAAAAUGCUGGCUGCUGAGUUUAUUGGCACACUGAUUUUGGUCACAGUGGGUUGUGGAUCCUGCCUGGGAAAUCCCACAAUUGUCCAGAUCGCCCUGGCUUUUGGCCUAACAGUUGCCGCUCUAGUCCAAGCAAUCGGCCAUGUGAGCGGCGGCCACAUUAAUCCUGCAGUAACAGUCAGUUUCUUCAUCACUGGAGAGAUCAAUUUGGUGCGAACCAUUCUCUUCAUUCUAGUGCAAUGCAUUGGAGCUAUUGCGGGGGCUGGAAUAUUAAAGGCUUUGCUGCCCGCUUCCUUCAUCAACGGCAACCUGGGCUUCACUGAAGUGGCCCCAGAAAUCCAGCCAAUCAAUGGACUGUUCUUCGAGCUUGUUUUCACUUUUAUUCUGGUGUUUGUUAUCCAUGGCGUUUGCGAUGGAAGAAGGAACGACAUCAAAGGCAGCAUUCCGCUGGCCAUUGGACUUACCGUUACUGCAGCCCAUUUAAGUGGGAUUCACUUCACUGGGUCCAGCAUCAAUCCAGCCCGCACUUUCGGCCCUUCCGUGGUCAUGAACUUCUGGAAUGACCACUGGGUCUAUUGGGUGGGCCCAAUUGCAGGCGGGGUGCUCGCAGGGUUGCUUUACAAGUACAUCUUUAAGGUGCAGAAGGGCGACAACGAUUCCUACGAUUUUUAAUGGAAACCCCAGCUAAUAUUCCUCUAGUUUAUUUAUAUCAUUGUCACCGUUUGCGAAGGCAUUUUUAUAAAAUGUUUCAUCUUCCCUGUUGAUCACUAGUUAGUAAAGCACCCAAUUCGUUGAUUUUUCACUCGGUUUGCUCACUUGUAAUGUGAGGGAAAGCGCCGAUUUGACCAAUUACUCAUAAUAUUUAUAGUUCAAUAUGUUCGCAUACAUUAAGCGUAGGCGUGUAAAUAAAAUCAGUAUUAAUAAAUGUAUAUUUUA